GGCCGCCCAGUCCCCGCCUCUUGCGGGCGUUGGGGGCGGAGCCACGCGGUUGCCGUGGCGAUUCUCAGUGUUUGUGCUCCGGGCGGUCCGCUAGCGCUGCCAUGGCCACUCAGCAGCCGUGCCGGCCUAAAUCCCCAGCUUGCCGUACGCUGUUGCUGCCGGAGAAGCCGCUGCAGGUGAAGGUGGUGGGGCUCUUCAAAAGCUCCAGCUUUCAGGUGUCAAAGACCAUCGCUGAGACUCUGAAAAGCAAUUACCCAUCCAGAUUUGAAGAUCCUGUGAUAAUUCCUCUUCAAGAAUUUGCUUGGGAUCAGUAUCUACAGGAGAAAAAGAGGGAACUGAAGGGUGAGACCUGGGUAUAUUCCUCCUAUGUGAUGUGUUUUAUUAACGGUCAGCUCCUGGGUAACGCAUUUGACCUGAAGAAGUGGGCCCAGAAGGUGUGGGAUGUGGUUGACGUUCGGCCCUCUGCACUGUAUGAGGCGCUUACUUUGGAUUAUGCCACCAAGUUCUUAAAAGACACCAAGCAUGAUUUUGUGUACUUGGACAUUUGUAUUGAUCUUUCUCCAAUUGGAAGACUGAUUUUUGAGCUAUAUUGUGAUACAUGUCCCAAAACAUGUAAAAAUUUUCAGGUCUUGUGCACAGGAACAGCAGGGUUUUCUGAGAGAGGCAUAAAGCUCCAUUACAAAGAUUCAAUUUUUCACCGAGUAGUCCAGAAUGGUUGGAUACAAGGAGGAGAUAUAAUAGAGGGAAAAGGAGAUGGUGGGGAGUCUAUUUAUGGACCAACAUUUGAAGAUGAAAACUUUUCAGUUCCUCAUAAUAAAAGAGGCAUUCUUGGAAUGGUAAACAAAGGUCGUCAUACCAAUGCGUCACAAUUCUACAUCACACUGCAAGCAGCUCCCUAUCUGGAUAAAAAAUAUGUGGCUUUUGGGCAAGUAAUUGAAGGAACUGAAGUUCUUAGAAAACUAGAAUUAGUUCCAACAGAGAACGAAAGACCGAUGCUUCUUUGCAGAAUUACAGACUGUGGAAUUCUUUAUACCUGAUUCUCACAGCAACCCGAUGUUCUGUAAUGGUUUCUUACUAUGCAUUUGAUCAGCUGUUUUUAUAUUUAAUUAAAUGGUGCUUGAUAACAUUUGAUUCAAAGGCCAAGCAGACACAAUAGGUUGGUUCAUCUGACAGUCACUCCCCUUUUUACUCUCUUGCCUCCACUACAGAGACUAUUAAAGUACUCAAUUUCCCAGGCUUCUUUACAACUGGAAAGGCCAUUUGAGAGCUCUGGAUGACAGGUCACUGGAACGCCAGUGAUCUUGUUUCCACCCCUCAUCAUGUCUUGAAUACAGAUAGGCUGGGAACCAAGAGAACUGCUUAGCCGUCAGCCUCACCUCACCAACUCCUCUUUCUGGAAUUUUUACUACAUAAGGCAAAUAGAGUUCUGGGUUCUAUUCCUUUUUUUUUUAAACUUGUGGCCCUGAACAUUAUUAACCUACCAAUGUACCUACUGAGUGUUUAGUCUAAAGCAUUUGUAAAUGAAUUAUGCUGUUUAUAACUACAUUCCUAUCAUGAUAAACUUUGUAAGUAACUAACACAAUAGAAGAAACAAUUCAGUGUGGAGUUUACAUUGCUUAUGCACAACAUACAGGAAGGACACAUGGAUUUGGAUGUUGUAAAUACAAUACAUGUCUUGGAGCCCUUCCAGCCAUAUGAAAAUCAAGAGCUUGGGUUGAUCCUUGUGGUGGUUAAUCCCACUGACAUUGGCAGAGCUGUUUUAUCAGCUACUCCAUCUGAAGGUUCCUAAGACUACAUCACUUGUAGGAAGGCUUUUUAAAUAUAGGCCACCAGCCCUGUCACUGACCUCCUGAGUGACAGUCUCUAAGAGAGAGAAUCUCAAGAUGGAGACAAAAGACUUAAUUUAGUUCUUUCUUACUUGGACAGCUGAGCAUCAGUCAUUUGGGAACCACAGGAUGACAGAAUUAUCUGACUUCAGCACCCCUGGUGUUGUCACCAUAGCAUUGACACUCCUGGUGACUGCUCAACUACUUCCACCUCUACCGUGAGCCUCUCCCACUCUUCUGACUUUCCAACCGUGCUCCAAAGGGGGCUUGUCUUCCAAGGACGAUCUCCCCUUAAACCGAUUCUGAAAGAGACAGGCUAUAAAUUGAUUGGGGGCUUGCCAAAUGUAGGCAUAUUAUUUGAGACAAUUGCAGAUUCACAGGAAGUUGCAAAAACAGUAGAGAAGUCUUGUGUGCCCUUCACCCAGUUUCCACAGUACUUCCAUCCUAUGUAACUAUAGUACAGUAUCAAAAUAUGCAACUAACAUUGCUGCAAGUGUGUGACGCCAUUUCAUCAUGUGACACUUCAUGAAGAUCACCCUCACUCUACCUCUUCUUACCCAUGCUGCCUUAUUGCUGUGCCAUAGAUACACAAAUACAAAGCUCAAGUGUAGAUGAGGAGAAAGAAAACUGUCCAUUCCCCAUUGUCAACUGACCCAGAGAUGACACAGUGCUAAGAACUUGUGCUCUAGAGCCAGACUACUCGGGUUGGAAACCAGGCUCUGCCCUUUCCUACCUGUACAACUUAGACAAGAACUUCUCUGGACCUUUGUUUUCUAAUGUAAAAAACAGGUGUUGCUAUCCUCAUGGCUGUUGUCCAAUAUCAGUAAGUAAUUUAUAUAAAGAACCUAAAAAAGAGGCUUGGUAUGCUGUAAGUGCCCAAUAGAUGGAUGCCCUAUUUGAUAUUCAAUAAAUAUUCAUGUAUAACUGGCA